AGAGUGAGAGUGAGAUUAAGAGAUAGAGAAGAUGAGAGUGAGUUUGGAGGGCGAGAAGGUAACACUGGUUCCUUACAGGAGAGAACAUGUGCCCAGGUACCAUGAAUGGAUGCAGGAUCCAUCUCUGCUUCAAGCUACAGGUUCAGAGCCACUAACAUUAGACCAAGAGUACGACAUGCACCUCUCUUGGACUCAGGACCCUAAUAAGCACACUUUCAUUGUCUUGGAUAAGCAAUUGGUUGUAGGAGAAUUCUUCCAUGGAGAUCCCCAUGUCGAGGCUAUGGUUGGUGAUGUGAAUAUAUACAUGAAUGACUUGGACGAUGCACAAACGGCAGAGAUCGAAAUAAUGAUAGCUGAACCUAAGAGUCGUGGCAAGGGGCUCGGAGAAGAAUCAGUUUUGAUGAUGAUGGCUUUUGCAGUUAAGAAUUUUGGGAUCAACAAAUUUCGUGCUAAAAUUGCAGAAUCAAACACAGCAUCCCUCAAACUGUUCCGGAAACUGGGCUUUGAAGAUGCUUCUUAUAGUGAGAUCUUCAAAGAGGUGACAUUAGCGUUGCCAAUGAAGGAGCCCAAAGUUGAGGAGCUGCAAAGUCUAUUUGGUAAACUGAUUAUGCAUUCAUAGCUAUUAGAGAUCUGUCUUAUCAAAUAUUGAUUAAACACCUGAACUUCAUCGUAUCAAUUCAAGUUAUUUUUCCC